GAGAGCACUACAACACGACCGAAGGAGCCACUCUGAAACCUCACUUGGUACCCAGGAACAGGAAGCGCAGCAGCAGAGGCGCUCCAGUCUGCGGGAGAGGCGGACACGAACAUCAAAGCUGUUUCUGACAUCUGUUCACCUGUGGAGGAUGGAAAAGUGACGACUUUUCCCAUAUUCGAGGCUAGCUGUUCUUCUUGAAGGUGCAGGAUGAAAAGAUGGCACAAAACCUUGUACCACCAGGUCCUGACUGCUUCCAUCGCCUCACCCGGGAGUCGCUCAAAGCCAUUGAGAAACGGAUCGCUAAGGAGAAAGCCAAGAAGCUCAGCGAUGAAGAGAAAACAUCCAAGGACAGGGUUAAGGUCAAACCGAGCCGCGAUCUGGAGGCAGGAAAGUGUCUCCCCCUUUUGUAUGACAUUCCUGCAGGCCUGGUGUUGAAAGCGCUUGAAGACCUGGAUCCCUAUUACUCCAAUCAGAAAACAUUUAUAGUAAUAAACACCAAGAAGCUCAUUUACCGAUUCAACGCUGCUCCUGCCUUGUAUCUUCUGACCCCCUUCAAUCCCAUUCGGAAGCUGUCAUUCAAAGUCCUGGUGCACCCGCUGUUCAGCAUGCUGAUCAUGUGCACUAUCCUCAUCAACUGUGGCUUCAUGACUCUCCAUAACCCGCCUGACUGGGCAAAGACAGUAGAGUACACAUUUACUGCAAUCUACACCUUUGAGUUCAUAGUAAAGGUUUUAGCAAGAGGAUUCUGCAUAGGGAAGUUCACAUUUUUGAGAGAUCCCUGGAACUGGCUGGACUUCUGUGUCAUUGUCUUGGCGUAUGUAACCGAGUUUGCAAGCAUUGGAAAUCUUUCAGUUCUUCGCACAUUCAGGGUGUUGAGAACAUUAAAAGCGAUUUCAGUAAUCCCAGGUCUGAAGACAAUUGUCGGUGCAUUAUUCCAGUCAGUAAAGAAGCUCGCUGAUGUUAUGAUCCUGACUGUUUUCUGCUUGAGCAUCUUUGCACUUGUAGCAUUACAGCUGUACAUGGGAAAUUUAAGGAACAAGUGCAUAGUGGAACCAGAUAAUAUUUCUGCGCUUACUGACAGUGAAUUGAAGGAAUACAUAAAUAACCAGAAUAAUCAGUAUUUCCUUCCAGGGCAAAAAGAUGCUUUGCUUUGUGGAAACGCCAGCCUUGCUGGGCACUGCCCAGAGAAGUAUAUAUGUUUAAAAGGUGGAGAUAACCCGGACUAUGGCUACACAAGUUUUGACAACUUCGGUUGGGCCUUCCUUUCUCUGUUUAGACUGAUGACACAGGAUUACUGGGAACGCCUUUAUCAGCAGACAUUGCGAGCAGCUGGGAAACCCCACAUGGUCUUUUUUGUCCUGGUUAUCUUCCUUGGUUCCUUCUACUUGGUGAAUUUGAUUUUGGCCGUAGUAGCUAUGGCCUAUGAGGAGCAGUGCCAGGUCAACCAGAAGAAAGCUCUGGAGAGAGAGGAAGAAUAUAAUGCAGCAAUGGAGCAGCUAAGACGUCAGCAAGAGGAUGUUCAGGCAAUAGCAAGAGCAGCUUCAUUAGCCAAGAAACAGGUUUUGGAUAAAGGUGGUGGAACUGAGAGUUCCUCUGAAGCUUCUAAGCUGAACUCCAAAAGCGCAAAAGAGCGGCGCAACAGAAGAAAAAAAAAAGAGGGGGAAGAAAAAGGAGCCAGGGAGAUUCCUCAUUCAGAUUCACUGGACAGCUUAGCAGGAGCUCGUUUCCACUACCCUAUGGAUGCACACCCGCUCAGCCAUGGCAGGAAAUGUUCAGCUACGCACCAGUCCUUUCUGAGUUUCCGUGGGCCGCUGCUCUCAUCCAGAAGAAACAGCAAUACGAGCCUUUUCAGUCUCCAAAGCCGAACACGAGAUGUUGCUUCGGAAAACGAGUUUGCUGAUGAUGAGAACAGCAUUUUUGAAGGCAAGCUGAGUCGGACGGGAUCCCUGUUUAACGCCGCGAGACGUGAUAGACACAGCAGCAGUGUGAGCCAGUGCAGCUUCUUACCGCAUCUCCGGUUUCAACCCUAUGGGAUCAGGCACAGCUCUAUAGACUGCAAUGGGGUUGUCUCUCUGGUGGAGGGGGAUCCACUUCCAACAUCGUUGCCUGCAGGGCUCCUUCCACCUAAUCUGACAAUAGAUAUCGACUCCACUGGAAACAAUGCUGACACCACAGACACCGAAUGCAAACUGGAGAGUGGAGAAAACUACAGCGAGUGCUUGGACCUACCCGACAUCCUCGAGAUGAGACAGAGAGCGUACAGUAUAGUUAGUGUCAUCACGACCACCAUGGAUGAACUUGAAGAAUCAAGACAGAAGUGCCCUCCUUGCUGGUACAAAUUUGCCCACAAAUUCCUCAUCUGGGACUGUUGCCCCUUUUGGCUUAAAAUCAAAGGAAUCGUUCAAAUAAUUGUGAUGGACCCGUUCACAGACCUAGCCAUCACAAUCUGCAUUGUGCUCAACACAUUAUUCAUGGCCAUGGAGUAUCACAAAAUGGACAAAUGGUUUUCCGAUAUGCUGACUGUGGGGAAUCAGGUUUUCACAGCCAUUUUUACAGCAGAAAUGGUCCUCAAGAUCAUAGCGCUGGAUCCCUACUAUUACUUUCAAGUGGGAUGGAAUAUUUUUGAUGCUGUCAUUGUCUGUUUAAGCUUGACAGAGCUUGGUCUGAGUGAUGUGAAAGGCAUGUCCAUUCUAAGAUCGUUCAGAUUGCUUAGAGUGUUCAAGUUGGCCAAAUCCUGGCCCACUCUUAAUAAACUCAUCAAAAUAAUUGGUAAUUCAGUUGGAGCUUUGGGCAACCUGACCCUGGUGCUGGCCAUCAUUGUUUUCAUCUUUGCUGUUGUGGGCAUGCAGCUGUUUGGAAAAAAGUAUAGGGAUUGUGUGUGUAAAAUCUCUGACGACUGCACCCUUCCUCGUUGGCACAUGAAUGACUUCUUCCAUUCAUUCCUCAUUGUAUUCCGGGUGCUUUGUGGCGAAUGGAUAGAGACCAUGUGGGACUGCAUGCGCGUGGCUGGGGAAGCCCAAUGCCUCGUUCUCUACAUGAUGGUCAUGGUUAUUGGAAAUCUUGUGGUGCUGAACUUGUUCCUGGCUUUGCUACUGAGUUCAUUCAGUGCUGACAAUCUGUCGAAAUCUGGAGACGAUGACCAAGACGUCAAUAAUUUGCAGAUUGCCUUUAAACGGAUACACAGAGGCACUGCAUACAUCAAGUUGAAGUUUAAAAAUUGUUGCAGCAGUUUACGUAUCACAGAUGAGAAAAAAAGCGAGGACAACACAUUUGGGCACAAUGGUGUCCCCAAUCAUAUCGUUAAGGACAUCUCUAAGAAUGGCAAUGGGGAAGUGACUGGAGUGGACAAAAGUGGGAACAAGUACUUCGUCAACAGCAAGAGCGAUGAUUCGAUCAUGUCUUUCAUACAUAACCCAAAUCUGACUGUGGCUGUUCCUAUUGCUGCCGAAGAGUCGGACUUUGAAAUGCUCAACACCGAGGACUUCAGCAGUUUUUCCUCCAACGUACCGGAAUGUCAUGUGGUUGUAGAUGAUGAUGAUGGGCAGUCCAGUUGCUCUGAGGGGAGUACAGUGGAUAAUCUGUCAAAUGGAGAGCAAGCUGAGCCUGUAGUAAUUUACUCUGAAGUCAUUAAGGAACCACGUGACUGCUUCACUGCGGGAUGUGUUCGGAAAUUCAAGUUUUGCCAAGUAAAUGUAAAUGUGGGCUUGUGGAAGGUGUGGUGGACGCUGAGAAAAACAUGUUACCGGAUAGUGGAGCACAACUGGUUUGAAAGCUUCAUCAUCUUCAUGAUUCUGCUCAGCAGUGGAGCACUUGCUUUUGAAGAUGUGUACUCUGAGCAGAGGAAGAAGAUUAAAGUCGUGUUGGAGUUUGCUGACAAAAUGUUUACCUUCAUCUUCAUUCUGGAAAUGCUCCUGAAAUGGAUGGCAUAUGGAUUUUCCAAGUAUUUUACAAAUGCAUGGUGCUGGUUGGACUUCCUGAUUGUUCAGGUCUCAAUGGUCAGUCUUGUGGCUAAUGCUUUAGAAUUAUCAGACCUUGGUGCAAUCAAGUCUUUGAGAACCCUGCGAGCUCUAAGGCCCCUAAGAGCUCUGUCACGGUUUGAGGGCAUGAGGGUGGUUGUCAAUGCUUUGCUGGGAGCAAUUCCUUCCAUUUUUAAUGUGCUGUUGGUAUGCCUAAUUUUUUGGCUCAUCUUCAGCAUCAUGGGAGUCAACCUAUUUGCAGGAAAGUUCUACCGCUGUAUCGAUAAUCACUCAGAGGUUUUCAGCACAUCAGUGGUGACGAACCGUACUGCUUGUAUUGGCGUAGGCCAAUGGAAGAACGUCAAAGUCAACUUUGACAACGUUGCAAUGGGUUAUCUUGCUCUUUUGCAAGUUGCUACAUUCAAAGGCUGGAUGGACAUCAUGUAUGCUGCUGUGGACUCUCCAAACACAAUAGAUUCCCAGCCUGAAUAUGAAGUCAACUUGAAGAUGUACCUUUAUUUUGUUGUUUUCAUCAUAUUUGGGGCCUUUUUCACCCUCAAUCUCUUCAUUGGUGUCAUUAUAGACAAUUUCAAUCAACAGAAGAGAAAGUUAGGAGGUCAAGACAUCUUCAUGACUGAUGAGCAAAAGAAAUACUAUAAUGCUAUGAAAAAGCUGGGAUCAAAGAAGCCACAGAAACCUAUCCCAAGGCCAGAAAACAAGCUUCAAGGGUACUUUUUUGACUUUGUCACACAGCAAGCAUUUGAUAUUGCAAUUAUGAUUCUUAUAUGGCUAAAUAUGGUAACCAUGAUGGUGGAAACAGAGGAGCAGACCAAGGAAAAGGAAGCAACCCUCAAGUACAUCAACAUAGUGUUCAUUAUUAUCUUCUCUGGAGAAUGUUUGUUAAAGAUGAUCGCACUUCGCCAUUACUUUUUCAUGAAUGGCUGGAAUAUAUUUGAUUUCAUUGUGGUCAUCCUGUCAAUUGUCGGAAGUUGUCUCGCAGAUGUGAUAGAGAAGUAUUUUGUCUCGCCAACCCUGUUCAGAGUGAUUCGACUGGCUAGGAUCGGCCGUGUCCUCCGCCUUAUUAAAAGUGCCAAGGGAAUACGCACACUCUUGUUUGCCUUAAUGAUGUCCCUUCCUGCCUUGUUCAACAUUGGCCUCUUGCUCUUCUUGGUGAUGUUUAUCUACGCCAUUUUUGGCAUGUCAAACUUUGCCUAUGUCAAGAGGGAGAAAAACAUUGAUGACCUUUUUAAUUUUGAGACUUUUGGCAACAGUAUGAUCUGUUUGUUUCAAAUUACCACAUCAGCGGGGUGGGACGGUCUUCUAGCUCCCAUCCUCAACCAGGACGAUGAUUGUGAUUCUAAAAUGGAGCAUCCUGGUAGUAAUAAUGUUAAAGGAAACUGUGGAAAUCCUGCAGUGGGAAUUGCCUUCUUCGUGAGUUAUAUAAUCAUCUGCUUCCUUAUUGUUGUGAACAUGUACAUUGCAGUCAUCCUUGAGAAUUUUAGCGUGGCCACUGAGGAGAGCACUGAACCAUUAAGCGAGGAUGACUUUGAAAUCUUUUAUGAGGUCUGGGAAAAGUUUGAUCCUCUCGCAACACAGUUUGUGAAGUACAGCAUGCUGUCAGACUUUGCAGAUGCUUUAACCCCACCACUACGCAUUCCCAAGCCUAACAAAAGGGAGCUUAUCUCUAUGGAUCUACCAAUUGUGAGCGGUGGCCGCAUUCACUGCCUGGAUAUCCUAUUUGCCUUUACAAAACGUGUUUUGGGUGAAAGUGGGGACAUGGACAUUCUCAGGUCCCAGAUGGAGGAGCGCUUUAUGGCUGCAAAUCCAUCCAAGGUGUCGUAUGAGCCCAUCACGGCCACCUUCCGCCAAAAACAAGAACACGUGUCGGCUGCUGUUAUUCAGAAAGCUUUCAGACAUUACACUAGGACCAAGAUUUUUGUUGCACUCAGCUUUACUGGAGAAAAAGAUGAACAGCAGUCUGACAAAGAACACUUUACAGAUAAACCUAACGAAGUCUCUACUGCUGAUAAAGCUGCAGUGCCGCCUUUGAGGGACUUUGAGUCUUCGAGUAACUGUAUGACUCCAAAUGGGAACAGCAAACAUGAAAAAGACAAAAGUGAAAAGGAGGUUGAGAGAAAAGACAUCACAGAACAAGACAAAUGAAAUAAACACGGAAGGGCAAAAAAUACUUUUAGAGUGAAAAAACGUUUACAGCUUUUGAAAAGGAAUUCCUUUGGAAAAUUUUGCAAACAUUGGUACAGUUAUUUCAAGUAUUUUUAAAGACACACUUACUAUUGUUUUGAUGCCUAUUGCAGAGACAUAACUUGGCUAUACAUAAAAUUUUUGAGUAACUGACCAAAUUCUGUUUGAAGCAAAAAGGUAUUUGUUGUCAUAUCUGCAUUCAAUUUGUCAGCUGGUUGCAUUUUAUUAGUGUUGCGCCGAUGCCAUUU